UGUGGCGUAUGUCGUGGCUGUCAGUGUAAGCCGUGCGGACAGUGCACCUAUUGCCAAGAUAGCCCACAAUUCGGCGGACCAGGCGUCAAGAAACAGAGUUGUAUCGAGAGGAGGUGUUUGCGUGUGUUAGAAAACAGACUUCAGAGAGACGCGCCCACAUUCAAGGCUCGUGUCGGAUGUAAUCAAUGUGAAGAUUGCAGAAUGCCCGAUUGUCAAAUUUGUCUAGCCAAAAACGUGCCUUACGAUCAAGGAGCACCGCCGCCCAUUCAUUUCGAGAUGAAACGUCGCGGAAUGGAGGUGAACUAUGGAAUGUCUAUGUCACAAUUACAAGGCCAUCAGCAACAAGUGCCACAAUCACUCGGACAUCCACAAUCGAGCAAAAGCGCCAUCCUUGCCAUCAUCCAAACUAUUUUGCAGGCUUACCUGCAAUGGGAGCACCACGAAUGCUGCAAUAUCACACCAAAUGGUGACCCGUUUAUACCACCCAGUUAUGCGCCGGAAAUGAAAAACGCCGUCGUACUGCAGCCCCUCUGA